AUGGCAACCCAGCAGGGACCAGCCCGCCGCAACGGCGUUAUUGGCUUUCAAAUGGCGGGUGCCCCCACCCCCGCCAUCCCUCUGAUCGCCCGGCCUCGCAAUGGACCCAUUGGCUCCCAGAUGAUGCGUGGUCCUUCUUCGACUGCCACCCCUCCAUCUUCUCUCAUGAACCAGGGUCCUCCGCACAGGAUCACCCCCCUGGUGGGCCCCAACACAGCCUAUUCUUCCUCCCGCGGUGUUCAGCCAAGUCAGGCUCAGCGCGAAGUCACCGCACUGAACGAGAGACUCGCAGAUGCCGAGACCGUUAUUUCUCGCCAGGAGAGCGAGCUGAACUACGCCAAGUCCCAGGCGUCGGCUCUGCGAUCCGAUAUGAAGGCGCAACGAGCAACCACUCGCUUCAUGGAGCAGUACCAGAUGGAUACCAUGAUCCAUCAAUGUAACAACAACCGUGCCCGUGAUAUUGACGCUCAGUUCAAGAUCGUCGAUGGUCAAUUGGACAAUGUGUCCGAGGAGCUCGAACAUGCUGAAGGCAACGAGAGCGCCCUUCGACGUGUUAAGCAACUCCUUGAAAAGGACCAAGCAGACAUCCAGCAACUACGGCGUAUUGUCACCACAGCUGAAUUUAACCUGCAACGAAAAGAACGCCUUGCGGGUGCGGAGGACCGACUGAACGGCCUCCUUAAAAACAUGGAGAAGAUGCUUGCUGCGGCCAUGCAAGACACAAGGGCAAACCAGGUCCAGACUCGCAAGGUACCAAUUGCUGAGACCUCGACCAACCCUGUGGGCAUUGUGCGUCGCCAUGUCGUGGGAAACCGGGAACCAGGCUCCCAUGGGCAUGCAUUUGAUCCUCACCCGCAGCAACUCGACAAGGGAAAGGGACGUGGCCCGAGAUCGCUCCAUCCUGAGGAUCACGAAGCUGAUGGGUACAUUGGCUCCAACGUUGAUGUUUCCGGUAGCUCUUUGAGACCUCGAUCAGAGAGUCCCAGCGUUCUUUCUGACGUUAUGUCAUUGGAUAGUUGCAGAUCAUCACGCGAAGGGUCACCCAUGGAUAUCAACACUGAGCCCACCGAACAAGAACUUGCCGCCCAUAUGUUGCAGGCAGAUGAGUCGCAGGUGGGCGACCGAAAUGCAGCGGUGCAAAAAGCACCAGCUACCACCCUUGCCAUCACUCCCCAGCAAGUGGAAAUUAACGACAUGAUGAAAAGCGAAAACCAGCUCUUUUACUUCAAACUUGCAAAGCUGAACGGCGAGGCCUUUGAUGGGUACAUGGAAUGGGUUGGGGAGCCAGCACAGAUGAUCACAGUCUUCAACAAAGAUGACCAGGCGGCUCCGAGCCAGGCAUCUAGUGGUCCGAGCCUACCCUUCUUUCCUGCCAUAACUGUCGAUUCCUAUGAGGAUGUCCUCAUGAUUGGCGGCCAAGUAGCCAGCGCCGUGAUCCCUCCAGAUUCCAGCAGUCCCAGUGAUAUUCCGAUGUCACUGCGAUUGAGCAAAACAAUCGCAGAUGGCGUGGCGAUCGCAUGUGCAACCCCAACAUUGCCGAGCGACCGCGACCGCGUAUUUAAACGGCAGGAUCGUCUCACCGGGAGUCUCCGCCGUUACGUGCGCCGGCGGAUGAUUGAGUUCGUCAAUCUCCCAAUACGAAAACGGGCAGCUGGCAUUGUCGGGUUCACCGACAACGAAGGACCAAACUGCAAGAAGAGAAUCACAAAAGAGCUGGUGGAAUCCAACGGAUCGCUUUUGCUUUCCCUUUCUGAAGUAUAUGUGAUGAACACAGCCCCGAAAGUGCCAGAGGUGAGUGUGCCAGCUGUUUCGCAGCCAGCUCAAUCUGUGCAUGUUUCGACAGAGAAGGUGCCCACCCAGGCAGUCACGAGUGAGCCAGCUGUUUCGCAGCCAACUCAGACUGUUUCGGAGUACACUGAGCCUGUUAUGACCGAGCAGGCAGUCGUGAGUGAGCCAGCUGUUUCUCAGCCAACUCUGACUGUUCUGGAGUACACAGAGACCGUGUCGACCGAGCAGGUGCCCAUUGAGGCAGCUAUGAGUGCGCCAGCUGUUCCCCAGCCGACUCAAGCUACCCAGGAGGCCACCGAGCAGGUUUCCAUUGACUCAGCUUUGAGUGAGCCCGCUGUUUCUCAGCCGAUUAGAGCUGUGUCAGAGGAAGACGAGAGUCUCGAGACCGUGCAGGUGCCUACCGAGGCAGUUAUGAGUGUGCCAGCUGUUUCCCAGCCGACUCAAGCUGUCUUGGAGUCCACUGUGCCCGAGUCCAGUGUGCUUCAGUGCACCUCGCUCGCGCCAACUGUGUCCAUCCCAUCUGACGAAAUUGUGGGUGUGCCUGCUCCUAGUGAGCCAGCCCCAACUAAGUCAGCCCAGACUGAGCCAUCGUCAGCUGAGGAAAUUCUGAGAGUGCCUGCUGUUACUAAGCCGACUCUAAAUGAAUCAGACCUGACUUGGCAGACUGAAGAUGAGCUUGUUGUUCCGAGCCUGCGGACCGGUACCCGUUCGCACCUCGAUGUUUUGCUUGCUAUGCGAGCGGCAAGGACUCAAGCUCGUCCUAACAUCAUGUCUUCUCCUGAGGGGUUGCAGGUCACAGCAGCCCCUCGAAUUAUCUCCACCUCUUCCCUGGUCGCCAGUCCCGAAGACGCUUCGGUCAAAAAUGCCGUUGCAACAGGGACAGAUUCCCGUGCGGGGGUUUCGAAAGGCACCAAGAGGGUCGAGGACGCCAACCCGACUUGCGGCGCUCAACGGACUGCAGGAGAACAGCGGGAGGAAAUGGGUGGACAAGAGGCAGCGACUUCUGGUCUUCAAAUGCCAGGAGCUUGGCCUUCCGACCCACCCGCUGUCACUGUGUCUGACUCGUCAGACAUGCAUGAGGGAUCGGCUUUGCUGAGGGGGUUGUGGACAGGAGCUCGUUGGGUCUCCUUUGGUGUAUUCGUGAUGGUGAUGGUGAUGCUGCUCUCGUUCCCCGUGUGGGCAGGCCACCUUGGACACCUCGUUUACGCCUUGGAGGGUCCCGAACAGUUCCUGGAGGAACUGCGGUGGGAGCACGGAUAUGAUGUUCCAUUCUUGGAGCGGAUUAUCUAUGUCUUCCUCCGUUGUUUUGCCGGAGAUCGGACUUUGUUCGGUUAA